AUGGAGCAGAAAGGCAUUUUGCUAUCGGCUUUGGGUGUGGGGAUGGGAGUGGGAGUUGGGCUUGGGUUGGCUUCGGGUCAGACGAUGAGCAAAUGGGCCGGAAACGACACCCUCUCCAAUGCUCUUACGCCGGAUACGGUCGAGCAGGAGUUGCUACGACAGAUCGUUGAUGGCAGAGACAGCAAGGUCACCUUCGACCAAUUCCCCUACUACCUCAGUGAACAGACUCGAGUAUUGAUAACCAGUGCUGCCUAUGUCCAUCUCAAGUGCGCUGAGGUUUCGAAGUACACACGCAAUCUUUCUCCCGCAAGUCGGGCUAUUUUGCUCUCAGGGCCUGCUGAACUUUACCAACAACAACUUGCUAAGGCUUUAGCCCAUUACUUCCAGGCGAAGUUGUUGCUCUUAGAUGUGACAAAUUUUUCUCUAAAGAUUCAGAGCAAAUAUGGCAGUUCCAACAAAGCAUCUUCUUUUAAAAGGUCCACUUCUGAGGUGACACUAGAGCGGUUGUCUGGCCUAUUUGGAUCAUUUUCAAUCUUUCCUCAAAGGGAGGAACCCACAGGCACAUUACGAAGGCAAAGCAGCGGUGUGGAUAUUCGAUCAAGUAUGGUAGAAGGUUCUAGUAAUCCUUCAAAGCUUCGUAGAAAUGCUUCUGCUUCAGCAAAUAUUAGUAACCUUGCUUCUCAGUCCACUCCCGCAAAUUCAGCUCCACUUAGGCGCACAAGCAGCUGGUCUUUUGAUGAGAAGCUUCUUAUACAGUCCCUGUACAGAGUUUUGGUUUUUGUCUCAAAUACCUGCCCCAUUGUGCUGUAUCUUAGGGACGUUGACAAGCUCUUAUCUAGAUCACAAAGGAUAUACAACUUGUUCCAGAAAAUGUUGAAGAAAUUAUCUGGAGCUGUGCUGAUCCUUGGUUCACGAAUUGUGGAUCCGGGUGAAGACAACAGAGAGGUUGAUGAGAGGCUUACUGCUCUUUUCCCUUACAACAUUGAAAUCAGGCCUCCUGAAAAUGAAUCCCAUCUUGUCAGCUGGAAGACUCAACUAGAGGAAGAUAUGAAAAUGAUUCAGGUUCAGGAUAACAAAAACCACAUCAUGGAAGUACUUUCAUCUAAUGAUCUUGAUUGCGAUGAUCUGGGUUCGAUCUGCAUUGCAGACACAAUUGAUCUUAGUAACUAUAUAGAAGAGAUUGUGGUAUCAGCAGUUUCUUAUCAUUUAAUGAAUAACAAAGAUCCUGAAUACAGAAAUGGAAAACUAGUCAUUUCAUCCAAGAGUUUGUCCCAUGGAUUAAAUAUAUUCCAAGAGGGCAAAUAUAGUGGCAAAGAUACAUUGAAGCUGGAAGCAAAGGCUGAAACACUUAAGGAAGCAGGAAUUGAAGGGGCUGUUGGUGUGAAUUUAGAGACAAAAACUGAAAGUGCUGCUCCUGAAAACAAAAGUGGCACAGAGACAUCAACUUCAGCGGCAAAAACAGAUGCUGACAAUCCAAUUCCAAUAUCAAGAGCUUCUGCAGAACUCGAUAAUGAAUUUGAGAAGCGCAUAAGACCAGAGGUCAUACCAGCAAAUGAGAUUGGUGUAACAUUUGCUGAUAUAGGUGCCUUGGAUGAGAUUAAAGAAUCCCUUCAGGAAUUGGUAAUGCUCCCUCUGCGGAGACCAGACCUUUUCAAUGGAGGCCUGUUAAAGCCUUGUAGAGGUAUAUUGCUAUUUGGGCCCCCUGGAAGUGGGAAGACUAUGCUGGCGAAGGCCAUUGCCAGGGAGGCUGGAGCGAGCUUCAUUAAUGUAUCUAUGUCCACCAUUACCUCUAAAUGGUUUGGUGAAGACGAAAAAAACGUUCGAGCUUUGUUCACCCUGGCAGCCAAAGUCUCUCCGACCAUCAUCUUUGUAGAUGAGGUUGAUAGCAUGCUCGGGCAGCGGACAAGAUUUGGAGAACAUGAAGCCAUGCGAAAGAUAAAGAAUGAAUUUAUGACUCAUUGGGAUGGGCUCUUGUCUAAUCAAGGAGACCGAAUCCUUGUUCUUGCUGCUACUAACAGGCCAUUUGACCUUGAUGAAGCAAUUAUCAGGCGUUUUGAACGGAGAAUUUUGGUGGGGCUACCAACUGUGGAGAACAGAGAAAUGAUUUUGAGAACUCUGUUGUCAAAAGAGAAGGUGGAAGCACGACUAGACUUCAAGGAGCUUGCAACUAUGACUGAAGGAUUUAGUGGAAGUGAUCUUAAGAACUUGUGUACAACAGCUGCUUAUCGACCAGUUAGGGAAUUGAUACAAGCUGAGAGAGAGAAGGAUCUGGAGAAAAAGCAGAGAGCUGCAGGAGGACAAAAUCCACAAGGUGCUCCUAGUAUAAAUCAAGCCGAGUCUUUGGAAGGGCAGAGUCCAGAAGCUGUCCCAGCAACAAAAGAACAUAAAGAGGAAAGAGUGAUCACCCUCAGGCCUUUAAAUAUGGAAGACUUUAAGCAGGCAAAAAGUCAGGUUGCAGCUAGCUUUGCAUCUGAGGGAGCCAUGAUGAAUGAAUUGAAGCAGUGGAAUGACCAAUACGGGGAAGGGGGGUCGAGAAAGAGAGAGCAGUUAACUUAUUUCCUAUGA